UGUAGACGUCACUAACACGUCAAUAAAAUUUGAAGUAAAGCCAUACACAUAAAAAAAAAACAUAAAAAAAACCCGGAAAAUGCCUAUUAACGCUUUCCAAUAACAUGCCAAUUACUAAGGUAAACCCAUUGAAAUACGCUCCAUUAUGGACUCUUCAGGCACCUCGAUCCAGUCGAACAAAGGCUCUACCAAGAAGGUUAUUUACGUAUGGGAAAACGGCGAUUUUAACGGCAACGGACAAGUUUUAUCCAUUAAUUCGAAGAUUUACAGGUCCUGGAAAGAUGUUUUGGGUUAUAUCACGAAAAUAGUAAAACCGUCCUUCGGGGCGGCCGUUACCCUCUUUGAUAUCGAAUCGAAGCGCAUCGUGACCGCCUUUAAGGAAUUGGAACCUUACGGAAAAUAUGCGGUCCUGGGAAUGGAAAAGUUCAAGGAAAGAAGAAACGGUUAUAAAACUCAAAAAGAACGGGAGGUCCUCAGCCAAAUCCCCGCAAGGCCUCUCAGCUACACCGUGGCCCACUUUACGCAGCCCUCCACCUCCACCACGAUUUCCCCCAACAGGAAGAUCAUGCUGUUCGUGUUACCCAACGGACGGAGUCAGGAAAUGCCCUGCAAAGUCGUUUUAACCGACUCGGACAUGAAACUUUGGAACUUGAUCUUGGGCCUUAUCGCCAAAGCCCUAAAUAUGCCUUUGGGAGUACAAUUCUUACAUACAGUUUACGGGGUUCCGGUACGAGAUCCGAAAUUUUUCCUAAACGGGAACAUUUACAUUGCGGUCCCAGUAAACGAGAGGUUCGUCCCGCUCGAUUAUCCUUUGAUAUUCAGAAAUAUUCUACCCGAAACCGAGGAGGAUCUUAAUAAAAUAGAAAUAAUUAGUGAAAAUCCAGAAUCCAGAUCCGUCGUGGGAAAAUCAAAAUCGGACGGCUUAUCCACAUUAACUAAUCCAGGCAUUUACUAUUUUCAAGAGCAAACCGGUCGGAGGUACCCCGUGGUUAACAGAGCCGAAGUAAACACAUACAAACCGAGCGGCGACGUAUUCAAUUCAGCGCAUCCGAAUCAGUUACAAAAGCCCCAAACUCCCGAGGAGCUCUUUGAAAUAAUGAAAAAAAGUUACGGAGUGGACAAAACUAAACCGAUAUGGACCGAUAAGGUCGAGGAGUCGCGCCCUUUAGAAAACAAACCAUUUUCUGACCGAGAAACUCCGUAUAUCGAACGGAUUCAGACCCGUAGGGGUUCCGAUUUUUAUAAAAAACCGAAUGUUAGUGCUAACUAUGAACCGGAUUUGACUCCGGAACCGGUAUUAGUAAAGGACAACUUGGUUUUACCAAAAACCCCCACGAAGCAGCCAAAAACCGUUGCGUCCUACGACAGCCACGCCCAUAUGGUUUCGAAGGCUGCCGAAAAUACUUCUGAGCCACCAGUUGAAGACCGCCCGAACAAUCAUAGAGAAAACUACCGAACAUCAACUCCACAAAGAGCUGCUGAUAAAAAAGUCGAAAAGCACAGAAACAAGCACAAAAAAAAAGAAAUUCCUCAUCGAAAAUCGAGCGAGGACGUCAUGGUUAUCCAUCAGAACUUGGAGUUUCCUAAUAAAAGUCAUGAGGAAUUAGAGGAGACGAGUUACCAGAAAAAACCGGUAGGUGACACUCGAAAACCGCAUAAAAGCCGCAGCAGGAUAAGCCGUAGCAAAUCCCGACCUAAAGCGGACAAAAGCAAAUCCCGAUCUCGAAUUGGGAAAUCCGACAGAUCACGAUCCAGACUGGGAAAAUCCAAGUCAAAAACCAACAGGUCGCAAUCGAGGGUGGAAAAAUCCAAAACUGGAAGAUCUCGAUCUAGAAGUGGGAGGUCGGGAUCGCGCCUCGGCAAAUCCAGAUCUAAAGUCGGAAGGUCCAAAUCCCGAGGUUCCACCGAUACCAUCAAGAGCGGACGUGUUAGGAGGGAGAAAAAAAAGGAGACUUUUGAUGACAAUGCACCAACAGGCUGUUCUCCCGCUACAUGCCCCUUUGGUGGCCCCAAACCCAAGGUGGCUUGCGGAAUGGGCAAACCAGGGCCGGGGGUCGUGAAGUGUUUCUCGGAACUAGGAUGCCAUCUGAAACCUGGGGAAAAGAGAAAAGUAUGCAUGACUGAAACGUGUCGGCUUAAUCCGUGCAAAAAGGGCACCAAGUGCGAGGUCGACCCCAAAACCGGGGACAAAUGUGCCGUACCAUGCGACUCCAUUUUGGACUGUAAGAAAGGGAAGGAAGCUUUAACUACUGAGUCGGCCGACUCGACGACACUCAAGGAGCAACCGACAGACUCGAACCUGGGUUUGCUGCUCGAGGAUUCGGAGACGCCCGCGUCUGGUGUACCAGAAGAGGAAAUGCUCACGGUCACUCCUAGUGAGGUAUCCGAGGAGCCCAUUAUGGCAAAAACCGCGAUGUUGCCGUCUGAGGGCGCCAGGUCCAAAAAGGAUCCCCUGGUGUUACGGCCGGGAGAUCCCGGGUAUGACGAGUUUAAUGAUAAGUAUGGACCUCGGGAGACUAGAGGGUUGAGGCCAGGAGAUCGUGGCUACGGAGAUCCUUUACUUUUAAGACCCGGAGAACCUGGAUAUGAAGAGUACAUCAAUACUUAUGGAGAUCCAGAUAGUCAAAAAGAAAAACCGGGGGAUCUGGGCAAAGGCAAUCCGAUAGUAGUAAGGCCGGGAGAUCCUGGGUAUGAGGAGUUCAAUGAUAAAUACGGGGCGCCCGAGAGUCGAGGACUAAGGCCAGGAGAUGCUGGCUACGGAGCCCCACUAUUGCUAAGGCCAGGAGAGCCUGGAUAUAACGAAUAUUUGAACAAGUAUGGCGUGCCGCAGCCCCAAGGGAUCAAGCCAAAAGACUCCGGGUAUGGGGCCCCAAUAGUCAUAAGACCGAGGGAUCCCGGUUACGACGAGUUCAAUCAUAAAUACGGAGAUCCCGAAAGCCGAAAUAAAAAACCAGGAGAUCCUGGUUAUGGCACCCCAUUGAUCUUAAGACCAGGUGAGCCCGGAUAUGACGAUUAUAUCAGUAACUACGGAAUUCCAGGAGGCUUAAGACCAGGCGAUCCGGGUUAUGGACCACCGAUAAUUUUAAGGCCAGAAGAUGCCGGAUAUGACGAGUUUAAUGAUAAAUAUGGGGCGCCAGGCAGUCGAGGAUUGAGGCCAGGAGAUCCAGGGUAUGGAACCCCUUUGGCCCUAAGACCGGGAGACCGCGGCUACGACGAAUACGUCAACAAAUAUGGAAAACCGGCUUUUAGAUCGGGCGCACCCGAACCGAAAGGCGCACCAAUCACCCUUAGACCGGGAGAUCCUGGCUACGACGAGUUCAAUGACAAAUACGGCCCCCCGGGGACUCGAGGACUCAGGCCGGGCGAUCGUGGCUACGGAACCCCACUGACGCUCAGGCCCGGCACUCCCGCUUAUGAUGAAUAUCUUCGGAAAUAUGGGCGUCCGGGUGCGAGGAAAAAAAGACCAAGUGACAUUCCUGGCUAUGGUACCCCAAUACUCCUGAGACCGGGAGUUCCUGGAUAUGAUGAGUUUACCAACAAGUACGGUCCACCGAAAAGUCGAGGAUUAAGACCAAAGGAUGCGGGCUAUGGAGCGCCAUGGGUGUUAAAGCCUGGAGAUCCCGGAUACGAAGAAUACCUUAAGAAGUACGGCGUCCCGACACAGGGAUUAAGACCAGGAGAUCCUGGCUAUGGUAUUCCUUUAGUGGUCAGGCCAGGAGAUCCGGCAUACGAGGAGUUUUUUGAUAAAUAUGGACCGCCGGAGAGCCGAGGAAGAAGGCCGGGAGAUGCCGGGUAUGGUAUCCCGCUGGUGUUAAGGCAAGGUGAUCCGGGAUACGAUGAUUACAUCGGGACAUAUGGUAUUCCAGGGGGAUUAAAACCGGGAGAUGUUGGCUAUGGCACACCGAUAAUGCUAAGACCAGACGAUCCUGGCUAUGACGAGUUUAACGGGAAAUAUGGCGCUCCGGGGAGUCGAGAGUUAAGGCCAGGAGAUCCAUAUUAUGGCACCCCGUUAGUGCUCAGGCCAGGUGAUACCGGAUACGACGAAUACAUCAACAAAUUCGGUGCUCCAGGGGCCCGUAGACAAAAAUCAGCAGCUCCUUCUAGAGAUGAUAAAGCGCCACUAGUACUCAGACCAGUAGAUCCCGGAUAUGACGAAUAUGUUGAUAAAUAUGGACCCCCAGAGAUGCAAGGAUUAGGUCCAGGGGAUCCGGACUAUGGAAAGCCUUUGGUGCUAAGGUCAGGAGAUCCUGGAUACGACGAAUAUAAUAAGGAAUACGGGUUACCGGCAGGCAAAAAAAAGUCUGGCGAUCCGGGAUCUGGAGACCCACUGGUGCUCAGGCCAGGAGAUCCGGGAUAUGAUGAGUUUGUUAAUAAGUAUGGCCCUCCAAGGGCUAAAAAGCUAAGACCCGGUGAUCCCGGUUACGGAGCCCCUCUAGUGCUGAAGCCAGGAGAUCCCGAAUAUAACGACUACGUUAACAAAUAUGGUGUUCCCGGUUCCAAGGGAUUGAAGCCUGGAGAUCCCGGUUAUGGAUUACCACUAGUUGUGCGGCCAGGAGAUCCUGGAUAUGACGAGUUCAAUGGCCAGUAUGGAACGCCGGAGAGCCGAGACAAAAUCCCCGGGGAUCCUGGUUACGGAACACCAUUGAUAUUAAGGCCUGGAGAUCCUGGAUAUGAUGACUACCUGAACGCCCACGGGAUUCCAGGAGGAUUAAGGCCAGGCGAUCCAGGUUAUGCUCCUCCAUUAAUACUAAGACCGGAAGAUCCUGGAUAUGAGGACUUUAAUGAUAAAUAUGGUGCACCAGGAAGUAAAGGAUUAAGGCCAGGAGAUACUGGUUAUGGUACGCCACUGGUGCUAAGACCGCCAGAUCCUGCUUAUGAUGAUUAUAAACGGAAAUACGGGAGUCCAAAAGCACGGGCGUCGAGACCAGGCGAUCCACGCAUCCCAUUAGUGAUAAGACCAGGAGACCCUGCAUACGAUCAGUUUGUGAACAAAUAUGGACCACCCAGUCGUCGAGGAUUACGGCCAGGAGAUCCGGGCUACGGGGCUCCGGUGAUACUAAGACCAGGAGAUCCUGGAUAUGAUGACUACCUGAACACUCACGGUAUACCAGGAGGAUUAAGGCCAGGCGAUCCAGGUUAUGCUCCUCCAUUAAUACUCAGACCAGACGAUCCUGGAUAUGAGGAGUUUAAUGAUAAAUAUGGUGCACCAGGAAGUAGAGGAUUAAGGCCAGGACAAAUGGGUUAUGGUACGCCACUGGUGCUAAGACCACCAGAUCCUGCUUAUGAUGAUUAUAAAGGAAAAUACGGGAGUCCGAAAGCACGGGCGUCGAGACCAAGAGAUGCAGGCACCCCAUUAGUGAUAAGACCAGGAGACCCUGCAUACGAUCAGUUUAUGAACAAAUAUGGACCACCCGGUCGUCGAGGAUUACGGCCAGGAGAUCCGGGCUAUGGGGCUCCCGUGAUACUAAGACCAGGAGAUCCUGGCUACGAUGACUACCUGAACACUUACGGAAUACCGGGAGGAUUAAGGCCAGGCGAUCCAGGUUAUGCCCCUCCAUUAAUAUUAAGACCGGACGAUCCUGGAUAUGAAGACUUUAAUGAUAAAUAUGGUGCACCAGGAAGUAGAGGUUUAAGGCCAGGAGAUACUGGUUAUGGUACGCCACUGGUGCUAAGACCGCCAGAUCCUGCUUAUGAUGAUUAUAAAGGAAAAUACGGGAGUCCGAAAGCACGGGCGUCGAGACCAGACGAUCCAGGCAUCCCAUUAGUGAUAAGACCAGGAGACCCUGCAUACGAUCAGUUUAUGAACAAAUAUGGACCACCCAGUCGUCGAGGAUUACGGCCAGGAGAUCCGGGCUACGGGGCUCCGGUGAUACUAAGACCAGAAGAUCCUGGCUACGAUGACUACCUGAACACUUACGGGAUACCAGGAGGAUUAAGGCCAGGCGAUCCAGGUUAUGCUCCUCCAUUAAUACUCAGACCGGACGAUCCUGCAUAUGAGGAGUUUAAUGAUAAAUAUGGUGCACCAGGAAGUAGAGGAUUAAGGCCAGGAGAAAUGGGUUAUGGUACGCCACUGGUGCUAAGACCACCAGAUCCUGCUUAUGAUGAUUAUAAAGGAAAAUACGGGAGUCCGAAAGCACGGGCGUCGAGACCAGGCGAUGCAGGCACCCCAUUAGUGAUAAGACCACGAGACCCUGCAUACGAUCAGUUUAUGAACAAAUAUGGACCACCCGGUCGUCGAGGAUUACGACCUGGAGAUCCGGGUUACGGGGCUCCGGUGAUACUAAGACCUGAAGAUCCUGGUUACGAUGACUACCUGAACACUUAUGGGAUACCAGGAGGAUUAAGACCAGGCGAUCCAGGUUAUGCUCCUCCAUUAAUACUAAGACCGGACGAUCCUGGAUAUGAGGAGUUUAAUGAUAAAUAUGGUGCACCAGGAAGUAGUGGAUUAAGGCCAGGAGAUACUGGUUAUGGUACGCCACUGGUGCUAAGACCCCCAGAUCCUGCUUAUGAUGAUUAUAAACGGAAAUACGGGAGUCCGAAAGCACGGGCGGCAAGACCAGGUGAUCUAGCCAGCCCAUUAGUGUUAAGACCAGGAGACCCUGGAUACGAUCAGUUUAUGAACAAAAAUGGACCACCCGAUCGUCGAGGAUUACGGCCUGGAGAUCCGGGCUACGGGGCUCCGUUGAUACUAAGACCAGGAGAUCCUGGCUACGAUGACUACCUGAACACAUACGGAACACCGGGAGAAUUAAGACUAGGCGAUCCAGGUUAUGCCCCCCCAACAUUACUAAGAUCGGGAGAUCCUGGAUAUGACGAGUUUAAUGACAAAUACGGAGCCCCAGGAAGUAAAGGAUUAAGACCAGGAGAUGGGGGCUAUGGUACGCCACUGGUGCUAAGACCGGAAGAUCCAGGUUAUGAUGAGUUUAGGCGGAAAUAUGGAUCUCCAGCAACACGGGCGGUCAAACCGGGCGAUCUAGAUACCCCAAUAGUCCUAAGACCAGGAGACCCUGGAUAUAAUGAAUUUAAUGAUAAAUAUGGACCACCCGGGAGUCGAGGAUUAAGGCCAGGAGAUCGGGGCUACGGGGCCCCCUUGGUGCUAAGACCAGGAGAUCCCGGCUAUGACGAGUAUUUACCAAAAUAUGGCGCUCCCGGAAAGAGGCCAGGCGAGCUAGGCCCACCAAUUGUGCUUAGACCGGGAGAUCCUGCGUAUGACGAGUUUAAUGACAAAUACGGAGCUCCAGCAAGUAAAGGAUUAAGACCAGGAGAUGGGGGCUAUGGGACGCCACUGGUGCUAAGACCGGAAGAUCCAGGUUAUGAUGAGUUUAGGCGGAAAUAUGGAUCUCCAGCAACACGGGCGGUCAAACCGGGUGACCUAGAUGCCCCAAUAGUCCUAAGACCAGGAGACCCUGGAUAUAAUGAAUUUAAUGAUAAAUAUGGACCACCCGGGAGUCGAGGAUUAAGGCCAGGAGAUCGGGGCUACGGGGCCCCCUUGGUCCUAAGACCAGGAGAUCCCGGCUAUGACGAGUAUUUACGGAAAUAUGGCGCACCUGGAAAGAGGCCAGGCGAUCUAGGCCCACCGAUAGUGCUUAGACCGGGAGAUCCUGCGUAUGACGAGUUUAACGACAAAUACGGCGCCCCAGGAAGUAAAGGAUUAAGACCAGGAGAUGGGGGCUAUGGUACACCACUGGUGUUAAGACCGGAAGAUCCAGGUUAUGAUGAGUUUAGGCGGAAAUAUGGAUCUCCAGCAACACGGGCGGUCAAACCGGGCGAUCUAGAUACCCCAGUUGUCCUAAGACCAGGAGACCCUGGAUAUGAUGAAUUUAACGAUAAAUAUGGACCACCCGGGAGUCGAGGAUUAAGGCCAGGAGAUCGGGGCUACGGGGCCCCCUUGGUGCUAAGACCAGGAGAUCCCGGCUAUGACGAGUAUUUACCGAAAUAUGGCGCUCCCGGAAAAAGACCAGGCGAUCCAGGCCCACCGAUAGUGCUUAGACCGAGAGAUCCUGCAUAUGACGAGUUUAAUGACAAAUACGGCGCCCCAGGAAGUAAAGGAUUAAGACCAGGAGAUGGGGGCUAUGGUACACCACUGGUGCUAAGACCGGAUGAUCCAGGUUAUGAUGAGUUUAGGCGGAAAUAUGGAUCUCCAGCAACACGGGCAGCCAAACCAGGCGAUCUAGGUACCCCAAUAGUCCUAAGACCAGGAGACCCUGGAUAUGAUGAAUUUAACGAUAAAUAUGGACCACCCGGGAGUCGAGGAUUAAGGCCAGGAGAUCGGGGCUACGGAGCCCCCUUGGUCCUAAGACCAGGAGAUCCCGGCUAUGACGAUUAUUUACGGAAAUAUGGUGCUCCUGUAACAAGGCCAGGGGACUUAGGCCCACCAAUAGUGCUUAGACCGAGAGACCCUGGUUAUGACGAGUUUGUCAAUAAAUAUGGACCACCCGGGAGUCGAGGAUUAAGGCCAGGAGAUCGGAGCUACGGGGCACCAUUGACGCUAAGACCAGAAGAUCCCGGCUAUGACGACUAUUUACGGAAAUAUGGCGCUCCUGGACCAAGGCCAGGCGACUUAGGUCCACCAAUAAUGCUUAGACCGGCGGACCCUGGUUAUGACGAGUUUGUCAAUAAAUAUGGACCACCCGGGAGUCGAGGAUUAAGGCCAGGACACUCGGGCUAUGGGACCCCCUUGGUGCUAAGGCCAAGAGAUCCCGGCUAUGACGAAUAUUUACGGAAAUAUGGCGCUCCUGGAACAAGACCAGGAGACGAGGAUACGUUCGGCAGUCCUGCUUACAAGGAGAAAUACGAAUCGGGCUUUAGAGACGGCUACGGAGACGGUUAUGGGGACGCCACCACACAACAAAAGUUUCUGUGGCCAGGAGAUCCGGGCUAUCGCGAUAAGGCGGCCAUGGCCGGUGUCGCCAGUAGCAUCCAAGCUUUAAGGCCAUGGGAUCCCGGCUAUCAAAGUAGAAGCGUUAUAGGAGGACCCACGGGAUUAUCAAGACCUGGCGAUACCAGUUUUCAACGUGGAAUGCUACCUGGGGCCACAGGACUGAGGCCUGGAGAUCCUCGAUAUGGCAGACAAGCCAGAGACAGAUCACCUGGAACAAAUGGACUUGGACCUGACGAGCUUCAAAUGUUAUAUUCGAAACCUGCGUACCAACACGGUUAUAAGGCGGGGUAUAAGAAAGGACUUGAUGAUGGAAAAGUCGCCAGCAAAAUACUGAUUACGCCAGAUCCCAGUCUCAAGAAGAAAGAGACUUACCAGGAGCCCGUUGCGCGAGGAUGCAACCCUGCUUGUUCCAGAAAACCCCAACAGUCACCGCCACCUCCCAAUUAUUCAUAUAUAGAGCCCCAACAACAGGAACCACCACCAGUGGAUUAUUCUUACUUGGAACCCCAAAUCAUCCUGAUGCCAUAUACGGCUCCUUUACAAGCCCAACCAGCACCUCCCAGACAACAGGAGCCACCACCAUCAGUGGAUUAUUCUUACUUGGAACCCCGAAUUAUCCUGCCAUAUGCGGCUCCUUUGCAAGCCCAACCAGCACAGGAACCACCGCCAUUCGAUUAUUCUUACUUGGAAUCCCAAAUCAUCCCGCCGUAUGCGGCUCCUUUGCAAGCCCAACCGGCACCUCCCAGAGAAAGAAGUAGACCGAAGGCACCGGACAGACGCUCCGGAGUACCCCCGAGAGCCCCGAGGGAAAAGGAACGCGGUGACAAAGAGGAACCACCCAGAAAACCCGAACAAAACGUGGGCGAAAAGGACCGUACCGAGGAUAAAGAAAGAAAAUCGAGAAUCCGCCCUGAAGACGAGCCUAAGAAACCUAAACGUGAAAAAUCCGACAGUCGCACCCGUACUAAAACGAGAGAACCCAGUAACGAGUCCAUGGUGCCAUCCGGUUGGCUCUGUUGGCGCACUAAGAAAGGCGAAAAGGAACCGCCACAGGAGAAAAAAGAGAGAAAGAACAGAGGUGCAGGGUCGAGUAAACCUGCAAGGGAUCGAGCCGAGUCCAGACAGGAGGACAGACGGGAUCGUAGCAGGAACAAGAACCGCAGUAAGUCUAGGGAAAAAUCUGUGGAGGACAAAAGUAGAUUGAGGAGGGAGCAAAGUAAGAGAGAUAUGAGAAACAGAACGGUGGAAAGUGGAGAAAAGGUGGAGAGUAGUCAGCCGGGUGACGAACUUGCCAGAAAACCAGUAAGGGAGCAGCCAAGAGAACAACGUAGAGAGAGACAAAAAGAGCCUUCCAGAGAACCGCCUAGGGAAAGAGCUAGAGAGCAGCGAUCAACUAGGUAUCCAGAGAAGGAAAAAGAAGACCCCAGCCGUACAAGGGAACCACGGAAGCAGACGGGAGAUGAGCGGCGGAAAAAAACGAGAAGGGAGUCGCAGACGGCGGAACCAAAACUCGCCAAGUCGGCCAUACGCCAUGAGGGGGCGCCGCUCAUGUCGAAAGUCAGUUCGGUCUGGUUUAAUUCGAUUAAAGACGAAGUUAAAAGUAUCGAUGCGAUAUCCCAGAAUGAAUCAAACACACAAGAAUCCUCCGAUAAAUCCAGCCUCACAAACGAUGGCGUCCUACUAUAUUCGUCAAAGACCGCGCCCACUGAAAGCCAUUUAGACCUUUCAGAGCAGUUAUCGAGACGUACGAACAACGCCCCAAACACCAGAAGAGAAAACACCGAUCCCAAUAUGAGAAGAAAUAAAAGGGACCUCGAAGAACGGACAAUCGUACCUCCUUAUAAUUAUUAUAAUGAUGCGCCUGACAUUCACGAGGCCAUGCCCACUUUUGAAUACGAUACAACUUCAAAUAGUCCACCAUAUAGGGAGGAGACCAUACCGCAAGCUGGAGGUUACUACUUUGGCCCAAAUUCCAACCCGAGGCAAGAAGAAACUGUGAUUCCGGAAACGUGGUUCGAGCCUAAGAUAUACUUGGAAGUCGUUGAACCUAAAACCGAGCUAAAUGAAGCAAAACCAUUGACAAAAGGCCCAAUAAGCAAAUCAGACACUCACGCCAUGCAAAUACAACAAACAGUGAAUCGACCCACUGGUAAUAAACGGAGGGUUCCCCGGGGAGGCAACCAACAAAGUCUCGGUAUUGGAGAUUCCACUUCGCAUCUGUUGGAGCCUGUGUGCGACUCUAAAUGUACCAUGAUACCAAGCCAAGGAGUCUCAUCUAUGAGUGAUGGCUCCUCGUCAGUUACGAGUCAAGUGCUCUCGGUGUUGCCCAGCGUACUGGUAUACUCUGACUUUAUAGAGAAACCGCACGAUCAUUGUGAAGAUUCAUGCCUUAUGGAUAUGAAAUCGGAAGAACUGAAACAGGCCAGAGAUUUACCGGAAUCUAUUUUACCGGCUUGUUGCCUCAAAGAGAUGGACCGUGAAAUUCUAAACAUGAUAAACCCAUCUGAUGAUUAUACACAAUCUAUUACCAGUAAAUGUGACACAUUAUGCGAUAUGAUAUCUACUGUCAAACCACCACAAGAAGUACCGGUGGAGGUGCACCCCAAAUCCUGUGAUCCAUCAUGUCAUAUUGCUUCCGAAAUGCAAUCAAUAUUGCAAGCUGGGCCCGAGUCCUACACUGAGAUCCCAUCUACCGCUACUUAUGAUUCGAUCAUUAAACCAGAAUCUUGUAAUCUGCUUGAAUCUGUGAUGACAGCUGAAACACCGACUUGUUGCGAUAAGAUUCCAAAAAUUAAACAAAAAACAUCGGCCAUAUUAGUGGCUCAGAGCAGUAAGCUAAAGUCUGAAGAGAUGAUGAACGUGAACUAUACGGUCCUCGCAAAGAGUAGGGAGGACGUGAAAAUGUCGUCACCUAAAAAUGGUGUAGAUUGCUGCGAUGAUCUUAUGCAAGGGCAAUCGGUCCCACUCUGCUGCGCUCGACCAAUAUCCGAGGAAGUCUUAAAUGUCAACUAUACGGUACCCGAAGGGGAUCCCGAGAGCAUCCAUGAGAAAAUCAAAAGGCUCAAAGGCAGAUGCCAAGUAAAGUGUAAUUAUGACAUUAGUAAAACCGAACAGAACACAAGAGAACCGUCGCAAGUGACCGUGAAAAACGCAUCCGAAACUGCUGCAGAUGGGGCAGUUGCCGUAGUGGUGUUGAAGGUCCGCAAUGAUUCGAAACUCUCCUCAAAGAAUUAUCAGUUGAAUACGGAUAUAUCGACUAAUGUCCCAAAGAAUCCCGUGAUCUUCGAUAGGGCCGUUGAGGUCAGCGAGUUUAAGACGGGGGCAAUCGCCAAUGAUGAGGAUGAUACCGACCAGUACUACGUUCCUCUAACAGGUUCGAUAAAACCUUCCGAGCUGCAAGCCGAUCAGUUAAUGAAAGCUCUACAAGCCAAACUGGAUAAACAAUUAAACAAUAAGGAAAACCCUCUGGAUGAUCACAGAAACAGUGAAAAACCCGACCAAGUAGUUCCUACGAAGCCGGACCAAGUGGUGCCCAGCGAGGUGGAUAUCGAUUGUAAUCAAUCAGUGCCGAUUAUUCAGAGGGUACCGGAAUCUUUGAUGGCGAAAUAUCACGUGAAUGAAACUAGGAGUGCCAACCUGAACUGGAUAUCGGUGUCGACCUCUGACGCCACUCCUGUUGUCCAAUUGCCGCCUGCAUCACGCAGUUCUUUUCUAAGUAAUUUGGAAGCCCUCGUGCCCGUCAUGGACACAAUACCUGAGGAAAGUAAAAGCCCUGGAACGGCGGUAGCGAACGAAAAUAUCCGUCCGUGCUGCAUACGGUCGAUGACGUCAAGAAUAAGAAAUCUCCAAAGAUUAGACGCUUCCGUAUUGAAAAUCCACAGUGGAAUAGUGAGCUCCCAGAUGCAAGAAGUCCCCGAUUGCUGUGAAAAAUUCAGUGAAGUCUUCAAUGAUUUCGUGGAAAAGACCAACCAGGGAUUAUUGGACGCGUUCCAUACCACCGAUCAUGGAAAAUCGAACUGCUGUCGUAAUUUUUUGGCGGGGAAAAACAAAACCUUUGAAAGUCAAUUUAAUAGGGAGGAAAUUAUUUCAAGUCCGGCAUACGUUACCCAUUUAACUGCGAUCAGCAAGUCCAGAAAUGCUAGUUGGGACUCCGCUAUGAUUCCCAUCGACCAUUUAACCCCAGUAAAAGAUUCUUCUUUUUCGGAAGCGAACGUUAAAACGUUACAAGAUACUAAUGACACAACUCGUUACGAGGAUUAUAAUGAGAACGCGCUCAUGGAGGAUGUCCCAUCAGAACAGAUACACUCGAGCCAAUAUGAGUCUAAUAGUAAAUCUUAUACGCUGGACGAGCAUGGCCACAUUGAAGAAUUUGAGGAGGACGAGAGGCGUUGCUGUUUAGGUGUAUUAGAAUUAAAAGUUGAUGUCCCGUGCGGUGUCUAUGGUACCUGCCCGGAUCCUCCCACAUCCCUGGUGGAUGCCUGCACAUCUGACAACGCUGCCGAAAAAGAGACUCCUUCUCGGGAAAUCUCCGCUCUAACUCCGGAGGAAUUCAUCAAAGACAUUAUUAAAAAAUCUAAAGUUAUUAUUGAUAAAUUUAAUUUGCAGCCGAAAGGUGUGUCGGAAUAUGCAACCAAAGUGUCUACUAAAGAACCAAAGUGCCCGGACCACAAGUUAUUCGGAAAAGGCGGCCCCUGUUGCGACUGCAAGAAACCCAUUCCACAAGCGUCGAAAACCACCCAGCCCACCCCUAAACCCAGUCAGGUGCAACCAGUGAUGGCGGAAAGGUCGACCCAACCAAGAAGUCUUUUGGUCACUUCCGCUUCUGUUCAGCCCAGUCCGAGGCAAUCUAGAGAAGAAGAACGCCAAUCUUCGUACUUGUCUACUGUCGUUAGUGAGGAGCAACGAGUUGAGGACUACGGCUUCAAUCUCAGUCCUCAGUCCAGCGUUAAUCACUCUAUUGAUGCAGAUGAUUCUUAUCUUGCAGAGGAUCGACCAAACAAUGCUCCAUCCACUUCUUCAGACGAUCCAAAAACGUCAACCGUAGCUCAGAUUGAGCCAGGAACGCCAUCCAAAGCCUCUGUUUCCAUUCAACUAAACAUCAAUCACCAACAAGUUCUGCAUCAACCCACUACUACUCUAAAGGACUCAGCAAACGAUCCAAAGACUUCCUCAGCUCUUUCCGUUGAUAUGAUAAUAAAAGAAGAUUCCACUGAUCCAAGGACUCCAUCAAUAAAUUCUUUUAAAGUCGAAUCUGGUGCUGCAAGUCAUAAAAAAACUCCAAUAAAACAUUCAUCGAAUGAUCCAAAGGCCUUAUCAACAACUUCUGCUUGUAUCCAACAAAGUUCCCAUAGACCAGAUACAAGACAUACUUCACACGACCCAAAAACUCCAUCUACUGCUUUUGCUUGUAAUCAGCCAAGUUUUAGUAGUCAUAUACAAGAGAAUGCAAACGAUCCAAAGACCCCAUCAAUAACUUCUGCAGGAAUCCAGCCAAGCGUCCAUACUCCGAGUACACGACAAAUCUCAAAUGAUCCAAAGACUCCAUCUAUUGCCUCCGCUUGUAAUCAGCCCAGUUUCAGUAGUCAUAUACAAGACGGUGCAAAUGACCCAAGGACCUUAUCAAUAACUUCUGCCGAAAUCCAACUCAGUCCUGUAGUGAGCCGUGAAAAGACUCCAUUAAAACAUGCCUCGAAUGAUGCCUGGGUACCAUCUCAAGCUUCGGCUUCCGUCCAACCAAGUUUCAAUAGUCCAAAGGUGCAACAUAACGCAAAUGAACCUAGGACGCCAUCGAAUACGUCCGCCGGAGUGCAAUUAACCCCUGCGAUAAGCCAAGAAAAACCAGCGAUAACACACUCAACAAACGACCCUAUGACUCCAUCAGAAUCUUCUUACGAUGCCCAAUGCUCUUCUAAAGUCCAAACGAGUUUCGUCAACGAGUGGAGUAAACCUGCACAGGUGUUGACGAAAGCUCCCGCACAACCGAUCUCUCGUGAUUUUUACAAUAAGGAGCCGCAACUGAUCAACCUCCCGUGCUCUCCCGAAAUGGAUUCGGUGAUAUCUUGUCCGUUCAGUAAUGCGCAGCUGCAGAGGCCCACCUGCAGUAUCACGGCGACCUUGCAGUGCGUUCCGAAAAAUUGGAACUCUACCGCAUCGGAUUCUUGUCGGAGGUCGACGGUAACCAUUUCCUCAACGCAUCCUUCCGAUCGCUGUCAGAGGAAGAAAAUUUAUUGCAUCGAUUCCCCGAUGGGUGCUGCGUGUUCUGGACAGUCUUACUCCAAUCGCGAGCAGGAGGUGGUGUUGAGGCCCGCGGUAGGAAAGUGUUGCUUUUCAAAUGGCGAGCAUUUAAAAAAAAUGAGUAACGGUUAUUGUAAACCGGUGCAACCAAUCAAGUCUUCCAGGCCUCUUUCGAAAUUAAAAUGCCGAGACCAGCCGCAACAGUCACCCUCCUGCCUGUCCGGAUCAAAAUCGAAAACGGUACCGCAAAUAUGUCACCCCAAACCAGAACCAUCGAUUAGUAAGGGCUGUAAGGGUUGCUGCGCACCCCUAUCACCAAUAUGCAGUCGAGAUAAGUCGAUUUGCGUUAACCAGUACUGCAAAUGUAAGUCGAAUUGUCUGGGGACAUUUUCAAGGGAGUUGUCGAAAGAUUGUGCCGGAAUGUCUAAUUAUCCCAUCCCGCCAUCAUGUUCGAAGGCAGGAUGUUGGAAGACCAGAAACUCUAAAUACAAAUGUCCCCACUACCAUGAAGAACAUCACUACCAGCUCGUACUGUGACCUGGAGACCUUCGGCAACAACUACAAGCAUUAUGUACACGGCUACCUGAGCCUUUGCGUAUGCGUUCUCGGCUCUUUGGCGAACAUCUUCAACAUAUGCGUCCUAACCACCAAAACCAUGCGCUCCCCCACCA